GUAUAAAAGUGCUUGUGUGUACACAGACCGUAUCACUUGCCGUAGUGGAUUUUAUAUAUCAUAAUGGCUGCUAAGUUAUUAGUCCUUUUGUGCGCGUUGGCGACAGCCCGUGCUGGUGGCCUUUACGCAGCCGCUCCCGUGGCGUCUUACGCCGCCGCUCCAUUGGCAUCAUACGCCGCAGCCCCAGUCUACAAGAGCUACGCUGCUCCCGCCGUAGCGUACUCCGCUCCCGUCGCGUACUCAGCGCCCGUUGUGAAGGCGGUUGCACCUGCAGUGUCAUCCAUCUCUUCAUACUCCACUCACACCGCACACGCCGCACCUCUGGUGGCUAAGUCUUACGCUCCUCUUGCCACUUACGCCGCUGCUCCCGUAGCAACAUACGCCGCACACGCCGCUCCCGUGGCGUACGCUGCACCCGCCGCCUACGCUGCUCCAGCGUACAGUCACGCGAGCUACGCCGCGCCUGCUGCCUACGCCGCUCCGGUUGCCACAUACGCCGCUGCCCCCGUCGCCACAUACGCCGCUGCUCCCGUGGCGUACGCUAAAUCUUACGCUGCUCCUGCGGUAACUUACGCUCACUCUGCACCCGUGGCCGCAUACGCCGCUGCUCCCGUUUACAAGUCCGCCCUGACUUACUCCGCGGCUCCUGCUGUCUCUCACGUGGCUUACAACGGCCUUUCGUCUCACUACGGCUGGUGAUCGCCUUAAACUUUGUACAAAUCUAGUUGUUUAUGUUUUGUAUAUAUACUUUUAUACAAUGAAAAUAAUAAAGUUAAAUUGGUAAA